UAAAUGACCUCAAAAGUCUUCCUCCCGACUCCUGUUCCCACAUCCAGUCGUCAGCCAGGCUUGUAACCCCUCAAGCUCCAGCCACCUUCUUCCCACUGCCCCUCACCUUACUGCACAGGAUGUCCCAGUGUUACCUGGGUCCCGUUGCCAGGGCCUUGCCCUGCAGUGCCUUUCCGUCCCUCAGUCUCUGCCAGCCAAAGCCUUCCAAGAAGGCUUCCCAGAAAGUCCUCUUCGAGCCUGAGCAAAUGUCCUCACAACCCUCAAACCACUACUGGCUUGCCAUGUUAGCUAUCUGACCUUACUACUCUUCGUCAUGAGUACCUUGGAGCACAGGCCCUCCUUCUGUUCCACCAAGUUCCUGUGCACAUCCCAGCACCAACUGCAAGUGGUAUAUCCAGCUUCAGUGGAGGGCUCCCUCCAAGACAAUUCCACCACCCCCCUGCCCUGGGUAAGCACUGGGGAGGGCAGCAGGGGCAAGGACCUCCUGGCCAGUCCCUGCACCUUGCCUACCCUGGCCCUGAACCCUCUGGCAGCACAGUCAACACAAGUUGGCUCACUACACAGGGCAAAGGCCGGCGUCACCUCCCUUCAUAAGGAAACAGCACAGAGUGUUCGGGCACUCAGGGUGCCCAGAGAGGGUCCUGCCUGAGCCUAGGUGCUUGGACUGCUAGAGUGACAGGUGUUACUGGAGGAGUCCAGUGGACACGCAGCUAUGGGGCUGCUGACAGGGGAUGUGUUGGUGUCCCUGGCUUUGGCUGCGGCGAUCUUCUUUCUCCUAGUGGAUCUGAUGCACCGGCGCCCACGCUGGGCUGCACGCUACCCGCCAGGCCCCAUGUCAAUGCCAGGGCUGGGCAACCUGCUGCAAGUGGACUUCCAGGAUGUACCCUGGUGCUUUGGCCAGCUGCGGCAGCGCUGGGACGUGUAUAGCCUGCAGCUGGCCUGGAGCCCCGUGGUCGUGGUGAACGGGCUGGAGGCCGUGCGCGAGGCGCUGGUGAAGCACAACGAGGACACUGCGGACCGGCCGCCUUCGCCACUCUACGAGCACCUGGGCUACAGGCCACAUAUGGAAGGGGUGAUCCUGGCGCGCUACGGGCCCGCCUGGCGCGAGCAGCGGCGCUUCUCCUUGUCCACUCUGCGCUUCUUCGGUCUGGGCAAGAAGUCGCUGGAGCUGUGGGUGACUGAGGAGGCCGCCUGCCUCUGUGCCGCCUUCGCCGACCACGCCGCACGGCCCUUUAGCCCCAACGCGCUCCUGAACAAAGCGGUGGGCAACGUGAUCGCGUCCCUCACCUACGGGCGCCGCUUCGAGUACGACGACCAGAGCUUCCUCAGGCUAAUGGAAUUGGUGAUGGAGGCACUGAAGGAGGAUUCUGGCCUCCUACGCGAGGUGCUGAAUGCUGUCCCCGUGCUCCUGAGCAUCCCCGGACUGGUUGGCAAGGUCUUCCCUGCACAGAUGGCUGUCAUGGCCCUGCUCGAUGAGCUGGUGACCGAGCACAGGAUGCCCGGGACCCGGGACCCGGCCCAGCCACCCAGAGACCUGACUGACGCCUUCCUGGCCGAGGUGGAGAAGGCCAAGGGGAAUCCCAACAGCAGCUUCACCGAUGAGAACCUGCGGAUGGUGGUGUCUGACCUGUUCUCCGCUGGGAUGGUGACCACCUCGACCACGCUGGCCUAGGGCCUCCUGCUCAUGAUCCUGCACCUGGAUGUGCAGCGUGAGCCCGGCUGCGGGCCCCGCUGUGGGACACUUGUGUGUCCAGGCCGUGUCCAACAGGAGAUUGACGAAGUGAUAGGAAUGGUGCAGCGACCAGCAAUGGGUGACCAGGCCCACAUGCCCUUCACCACUGCUGUGAUUCACGAGGUGCAGCGCUUUGCAGACAUCAUCCCCCUGGGUGUGCCCAUGACGACCCGUGACAUCGAAGUGCAGGGCUUCCUAAUCCCCAAAGGGACAACACUCUUCACCAACCUGUCAUCGGUGCUGAAGGACGAGGCGGUCUGGGAGAAGCCUUUCCGCUUCCACCCGGAACACUUCCUGGACGCUCAGGGCCGCUUCGUGAAGCCUGAGGCCUUCAUGCCUUUUUCAGCAGGCUGCCGCAUGUGCCUCGGGGAGCCCCUGGCCCGCAUGGAGCUCUUCCUCUUCUUCACCUCCCUCCUGCAGCGCUUCAGCUUCUCGGUGCCGCCGGGACACCCUCGGCCCAGCGACCACGGUGUCUGUAACUUCCUGGUUACCCCGUCCCCAUACCAGCUUUGUGCUGUGCCCCGCUAGGGCCCGACACCAGGCCCCAGCCUUCUCCCCGGCCGGGGGCCCUGAUGUCCAAUAAACCAAUGUGCUUUGCCCA